AUGAGCAGUAAGGCGUCGAGUAAACCGAUUUUGCGGAGAGUUUAUGAUCAAUUAGACAGUGAGCCUGAAGAUCUGAGAAAAAAGCUCUCUCGGGUGCGUGAUUCUUUCGAUGCUUUGGACAAAGAACUUUUUCCCUCUGGCAGGCCGAAAGAUAUCUACCGAGAACCCCAGCUUUUUCCUGGAACAGAAGAUGGGAGGGAUAAACAUCAUCGUCGAGUCAGAACUAUCAAGCCUGUGUUGAAACGAAUCGUUGAUCCGAUCGAACCUUCCAGCGGAGAAGAAGAUGAUGAUCUUGUGAUUGUCGAUUCGAAGCCGGGAAAAUCAAGAAAGCACCGGAAAAGGUCGGGUUUCCGGGAAAGAAGAAAGAAACGAAAGCGGUCGAGAUCUUCUAGUCCAAGUUAG